AUGGUGUAUGAUUGGGACGGAAAGCGGGACAUCUGCUAUCAGAUGUACAUCAAGGACAAAAAGGCUUUGGAGGAAAUUAUGGAGUAUAUGAAGAACGUAUACCAGUUCGCACCCAGUAAACGUGCAUUUCAAACACAAUUCAAGCGAUGGGGAUUUCCUUCCAAGCAAAAUCCAGCCCACAAGAACGUCGAACUUGUUGCACGUGUCAAGCAGCUUUGGGAGCGGAAUACUAGCCAGCGGGACAUGCUCCGAAUUCUAAAUGAAGAAGGUUUCGAGAUAAAAGAGCGAGAGCUCAUGCGGGUACGUGCUAAGAAUCGCUGGUUACUCCGCGUUCCCAAUGGGAUGAAAUCACAAACAAAUAUGCAAGCAUCUGCGCAACUUUCCGGAGAUGACGACUUGCUUGUAUUGCAGCAAGAAAUUUACAAAAAUGAUGGGUCGCUCAAUGAGACUGAGACUCUCCCUACUGACACAGUAAGCCCACCCUCUCCAUCACCUGGCAUAUCGCCCGAAGUCCUAGCGAAACGCAAAGAGCGGCUAGAACGAUUGAAAGCCGAAAGCGCAGAACGUUGGGCUACUAGGAAGCGACGGCGCCGUACUCGAGGAUGGGCAGGGCUGCCAGCCGAUCCACCGGGGCCCCCGCGUUUUCCUUCUGAGACGACUAUUGAUGAGAGUAAGAAGCAUUUGGACUUGGAUAGCGCCAUGUAUCGCCAAAUUAGAGAUCAGUUUCAAAGGAUUUGUGAGGAUGCUGGUUUCAUCAAGAAAACCAUUGCCGGGCCCGAGAAGUGGCAAGAAGCUAAAAAUAAAUUGAUCCAACAAUCACAACAUCUUCAACAUAUAUUUUGGGAGGAUCCAAAUCAGCUCGAUACAAAGGCACUUGCUCUUGAUGUCGUGUGCACAGAUGUCACUAAAAGGAUGCGAACCUUGGAGAGGCGAAUGACAAUUGCAGAAGCUAAGAAUGCACUUGGUAUCAACCCCGAAGAGAGCCGUCAGAUACGAAAUGCAUUCUACAGCACACUAAGAGCAGAUCACUUCACAAGCAAGCUAGAGGCUGGGGAUGAGCACUGGAGGAACUUGAAGGAGCAGUGGAUUCAAGACUCCGAAUUACUCCAACGAAUUUUAGCUCCUGGCCCAACAGAUCCAGGACACUCUACCAAAUUGAAAGCUCUGGAAGUUCUUUGCCGCGAUGUCAUGAAGCGACUUCGUGAUGACCAAACCAAGAGAGACCCGUCCCGUAAACACUCUUGUCCUCGGAUUCAAGCCCACAGCCCUUGUUUGGGAAACUCUCAUAUUGGGGGCACCUUCAGUAGCGGCAUAACUAACGGAAUCAGUACACUCGCUUCACAAGCCCUUGCGAGUGCUCCGGCUGCUUCUGGUGACCUAGGUGACUUGCAGAUAGACCCCUCACUCCUCCAGGCAGCUAAUGACCCCUCGUUUGCCACAACCAACCAUCGGGACUCGGGGCAUGCCUUCGGAUAUGUGGAUCCCUUGUUAGAACCUUCUACUACACAAAUACCUGUUUAUCUUCGCAUUCAUCCUCAGAGUACACUACACGGGGACUCCAAGACAUGGGUUGAGAAGCUGACAACGCGGUCCGUUACUGAACUACGCCAGCAAGUCAAUGCUAGAUAUCCAGACGUCUUCGUUACGAAGAUUGAGGGAAUGGACAAAGACGAGAACGGACAUGAAAUAUCAUUUCUCGUAGAUGAGGACCACGAACUUGAUGCGUACUUGACUCAUGUGCAAGGGAGAAAGGCCUCGUUUCUAUUUUGCCUAAAACAGGUCUGA